AAAGUUGAAAACACAGAAUGUAGGAUAGAUUCACGGAAGGCAGUUAUACAUAUAUUUGUUUCUCAAACGCGUUUUCAUUACCAUUUUCAAUCUCUGUUCCUUGAGGAGGUCUCUGCAUCUUCAACUCUUUUUCUUCCUCCUCUCGGAACUUUGAUUCUCCUUCUCCUCAUCAAUGGCGUCGGAGAAUCUAUCUGAUAAAAAUGCUGUUUUCAGGAAACUGAAAGCAAAAUCUGAGAACAAGAUGUGUUUUGAUUGCAAUGCCAAGAAUCCAACUUGGGCCUCAGUUACAUAUGGGAUCUUUCUGUGUAUUGAUUGCUCAGCUGUUCAUCGGAGUCUUGGUGUUCACAUCAGCUUUGUCAGGUCUACCAACCUAGAUUCAUGGACUCCUGAGCAGUUAAAAAUGAUGACUUUUGGUGGAAAUAAUCGUGCUCAAGUUUUCUUUAAGCAACAUGGCUGGACUGCUGGGGAAAAGAGUGAAGCAAAGUACACAUCAAGAGCUGCUGAACUAUAUAAGCAAUUGCUUUUAAAGGAAGUUGCCAAAAGUUCGAAGGAGGAAAUUGGUCUGCCGGCGUCUCCUGUUGGUCCUCAGUCGGUGCAAGCUGAAGACGGUUUUUUUGAUUUCAAAGUACAAGAGACCCCUAAAGAAAGUUUUCCAAAAAAGAUUGAAACCCAUGAUGUACCUGCUUCACAGGGAACCAGAGCUCCUCAUUCAGUGGUUGCCAGUUCAGUGAAGAAGCCUCUUGGUGGGAAGAAAACAGGGAAGGUUGGCGGGCUUGGUGCUAGAAAGCUUAGCUCCAAGCCUAAUGAAAGUCUUUAUGACCAGAAGCCUGAAGAAGCACCCGCAAAAGUUUCCACAUCAAAAGGUAGCACCCCACCAGUUGGGCCAUCUUUUCCGUCUCGUUUUGAAUAUGUAGACAACAUCCAAACUACAGACAAGGGUACUGGGGGCAACCAAGUAGUUAGCCAUGUAACUUUGCCAACAUCAUCAAGCUUUUUCUCGGAUUAUGGGAUGGAUAAUGGUUUUCAGAAGAAAACUAGCUCCUCAUCAAAAGUGCAAAUUCAAGAAACUGAUGAAGCACGGAAAAAGUUCUCUAAUGCCAAAUCUAUUUCGUCAUCUCAAUUUUUUGGGGAUCAAAACAAAGGGAAUGACAAUCAAGUUUCCUUGAAGAAAUUCUCUGGUUCCACGGCUAUCUCGAGUGCAGAUCUCUUUGGCAAUGAUGAUGAUGAUGAUUUAGGUCUUGAUCUCACUGCAAGCGACCUAAUUAACAAGUUGUCUUUCCAGGCACAUCAAGAUAUCUCUUCCCUUAAGAAUAUUGCCGGAGAAACUGGGAAAAUGCUUAGUUCCAUUGCAUCAUCAUUUAUGACCGACAUGUAGGAUUGAGCGGUCCAAGCACAAUUUUUUACCACCAAUAUUUUUGAAAUUUGUCAAGAACAUGGAGCAGAUAUAUAUAUUAAAUGUAAUUGUAAUGGGUGUUGUGAAGAAAAAGAAAGUGUUCUCCCUGAUAUUCUUUUGUAGAGAAACAAAAUAUGAGAAAAGGUUUGCUAUUCUUUUUAUUUUUUGUAUUCUUGCUACAGAUUACAUUUGAGCCUGUGAAUGGUGUAGUUAGUUCUUUUUGGCUGCCAGAAAAUGUAUGUUUUUAACACUUCUCAAUACUGUACUUGUUUCAUAGUAUCAUGAACGUAGCUUUUUGUUACA